AUGGCUUUAACUACUGUCAGUUCCCGACUAAGAUGGUCGCCUUUGCAACUUCCACGGCUUCAUGCCUCAAAAGUGAAAAGUUCUGUCAGGGUAUUUAUCCCCAAACCGGAGACAAGAAGCCAUUUUCUAGCAGCAGUCGGCCAAAACGAGAAGAUUAAGCAGCGAAUAAUAGGGGUCCGGCUUGAUAGUAGUCACGGCAGUCAGAGGUUUCGCACCAGAAUUCUCUCCAAACACAAUUCUGAAACGGGCAAUACGGAUUUGCCGGGCGAAGCUCGCUUUGUGGAGCCCACCUCCUCCGCCCAAUCAGAAUUGGCCAAGUCGCCCCCUCCCUCUACCUCCAACCUCUCCUCCCCUGAACCAUCAACGGAUGGCCCGGCUUUAUCUCCAGACCCAGCCUCAAAGACAGGCUCGGAACCAGGCACGGUGCUAGGCUCGGUGUUGGACUCGGACCCGAGCCAGCGGCGGAGUGUGCAGGUGACAUUUACGUGUGGAGUGUGCGGGGCCCGCACCUCACGGCUGGCGAACCCCCUGGCAUUGAAGAAAGGAACAGUCUUUGUGCAGGUGAGGGAGGGGUAG